CGGAUUCCAGGGUGAUCUUCCCCCUCCGUCAAAUCGAUCCAGCAAAGGAAGUCCAAGAACCCUAUCUUUCUGAUCUAAGGUGGCGGUCGAUUUUUGCAUCCCUCGCUUUUCAUCUACAUCGGUCUGGUCCAAGUGAGAACCAGUACUCAUGGCACAUAGGAUAUUAAGAGAUGUUGAAGCCGAUGGUUGGGAACGCUCCGACUUCCCAAUCAUUUGCGAGUCAUGCCUAGGUGACAAUCCCUACAUUCGAAUGACAAAAGCAAAUUAUGAUAAGGAGUGCAAGAUCUGCACUAGGCCCUUCACAGUCUUCAGGUGGAGACCUGGUCGGGAUGCAAGAUACAAGAAAAGUGAAAUUUGCCAAACUUGCAGCAAGUUGAAAAACGUUUGCCAAGUGUGCCUUCUCGAUCUUGAAUAUGGCUUGCCAGUUCAGGUUCGUGAUACUGCGCUCAGUAUCAACUCGAAUGAUGCCAUUCCAAAGAGUGAUGUGAACAGGGAAUACUUUGCAGAGGAGCAUGAUCGUAGAGCAAGAGCUGGUCUGGAUUAUGAAUCCUCAUAUGGGAAGGCACGGCCAAAUGAUACUAUAUUGAAACUGCAAAGGACAACACCAUAUUACAAGAGAAACCGAGCACAUAUUUGCAGUUUUUUCAUCAGAGGUGAAUGUACAAGAGGUGCUGAAUGCCCUUACCGGCAUGAGAUGCCCGUCACUGGCGAGUUAUCACAGCAGAAUAUCAAAGACCGUUACUACGGAGUUAACGAUCCAGUUGCAUUGAAACUACUGAACAAGGCGGGUGACAUGCCAUCUCUCGAACCCCCAGAGGACGAGAGCAUUCGAACCCUAUAUGUGGGAGGGCUUGAUGCCAGAGUCUCAGAGCAAGACCUUAGGGACAAUUUCUAUGCUCAUGGUGAAAUUGAGUCCGUCAAGAUGGUUCUCCAACGUGCUUGUGCCUUUGUUACUUACACGACUCGAGAAGGGGCAGAAAAAGCAGCUGAUGAACUCUCAAACAAGCUGGUUGUUAAAGGGCUUCGCCUAAAACUUAUGUGGGGUCGACCACAAGCACCUAAGGCUGAGGGUGAAGUAGUCUCAGAUGAAGCCAGACAACAAUCAAUUGCCCACAGUGGAUUAUUACCCAGGGCUGUUAUAUCGCAGCAGCAAAACCAAAUGAUUCAGCCCCCAGGAACUUCCGCUGGUCAGGAUCAGCAACCACCGCCACAGAUGCAUUAUUUUAACAUUCCGCCACCACCGCCUCAGCAUGGCAGAGCCUUUUAUCCCUCUAUGGAUCCUCAGAGGAUGGGUGCAGUGAUACCUUCUCAAGAUGGGAGUGGGGCUAGUGGUUUAGGUGAGAAUAGAAGUGGCGCUGGCAGUUCAGAUCAGCGGCAGCAAGGUGGUCCACAUUAUGCUGCAUACCCACCACCACCACCACCGCCUCAAGGCGGUGGCCAAUACUAUCAGCAGUAUUAUCCACCAGCCCCAUAUGGGUAUGCUCCGCCGCCACCGACUCAACCAUAUCAACAAUACCCUCCACAGUCUCAUCCAUCCGCAAUGCCACCACCAGGACCAAGUGGUGAACAAGCAUAUCAGCAGAAAGCACCACCACCAGCAGCAGCAGCAGGGCCACCGCCACCAUCCCCACAACAACAAUGACGACUCUUGAUGAAUUAGUCUUGGUUGGGUGUACUAGGUUCGAUUUUGUAACGAGAUUAUACGUGUGUGACUGAAAUCUGUUAUGCAGUUUGUAUGUGGACAGUUGGAUUCUGAUUCACUUAUAACUUUGUUUUAGUGAAUUAAUUUAUGCUGCUUUUCAAACAAAGAGCUCUAUGAAGCUGUUUAAUUUUAUGGUUUUUGUUGUACAAUUUAUACACCUUUGAGUCAA